UUAGUCUUAGAAAUCUGAACAUGUGUGCCUUAAAAGCUAUUUAGUGAGUGUUCAAGCGCAGUUAAGAUUAAGGAAUCACUUUUUUGUUGUUGUUGUAAUUUUGUCUCAGCACAAGUACAAUUUACACAAGUUCCAUGUUUUAUGUGUACGGAUUGCUUUAAAUUGUGGCCUCCAGUUCUAGAAUGACACACAUACUACUGUACUACUGUUUCCUCCUCCCUCUGCUGGAUUAAGGAUGCAGUUGCGUUCAGGUGCAAGACGUGGGUGGGGUCGCCUUGACGCCACGCCGUGCAACCUCAUCAGCACGUUCAUCGAACCCUCCGGCAUCCCGCAGGAGGGAAAGCAGCAGGGUAGCUCGCUAACGUGCCGACGGCCGAUCCUGCAUCAGCACCACCGCCGACCGACGGAAAGCGCCAUGGCCUGGCCGUGCAUUACGCGAGCUUGCUGCAUCAAUCGCUUCUGGAGCGACCUGGACAAGGGGGACAUCGCCGUGCCUCUGGUCUUCACCAAAUACUCGGACGUGCAGCAUAAGCAGCCGCGGAGGGCCGCCGCGGAGGGCCAACCGGAGAGCCAGCCGGAGGCCGUCGAGGCACCGCCCGCUGCCGCCUCGGACGCCUCCUCCUCCGUCAUGCGGCAAGACUUCAAGGCGUGGAAAGUGCGCCCGGAGCCCAGCUGUAAACCCAGGGACGAGUACCAACCCGCUGCCGGACCCUUCAUCCCGGAGACCCAGUACCAGAAGGACUACAAAGCCUGGCCCAUCCCGAAGAAGCACGACCACCCCUGGAUCCCCAAAGCCGGCCCGCCCCCCACUACCGCGACCGCCGGCCGCAGCGCCGAAGUCGAGAGCGGGGUGGAAAAGAGCGAGCUGGAGGAGAAGCUCCAGGAGAAGGAGGCCAAGGAGCCGGCCGGCAGGGACAAGUCGGCCGAGAGGAAAGACCGAGAGGCGCCCGGGAGCGGCAAAGACAGGGCGGCCGCCGACGCGCUCAACAGGCACAUCAAGCAGACCCUGAGCUCUUCCGGCAGCAGCUACAGAACCGAGUUCAAGGCCUACAAGGAUGUGAAACCGGUCAAGCCCAUCAAGGCGGCGUCCCAGUACAAACCCCCGGUGGAGAAGGAGACCAGUCUGGAGACCAGCUACAGCGCCACCUUCAGGGGCGAGCAGGUCAAGGCCCAGCCGGCCGACAACAAACUGCUGGAGCGCAGGCGAAUACGCAGCCUGUACAGCGAGCCCGCAAAGGAGACCCCCAAGGCGGACAAGCCGGCGUCUCGCGUCAGGCCGAAGAAGACGGUGGCUGCGAAGGCUGUGAAGAAGGCAAAGGAGAAGAAGCUGCUGGCCGCGUCCGCCAAGAAAAAAGAAGCCGAAGCAGCUGCGGCGGCGGCGGCCAGCGUCACCAAGAAGAACAAAGAGAUCAGCAAUAGACUGGCCGAGGCCAAACAGUAACGCCAGUGUCUUCAGUCCAUUUGCGCCAUGUCCGUCCGUCCGUCCACUUGCUUCACUGCCUCUUUCCUGGUUUACCGUCACCUUUUUGGCUUAUGUAAAGGGUGCCGAUUUAUAGCAUCACAGCGUCAUUACCAGGAGGAUUCUUUAAGCACCUAAUUUGCACAUUAGUCCCCAAGAGCCAUGCCUUUGUGUGCUGUACGUGUACAAAAGGGCUUCUUUUUUUUAACACUACAAUUCCGCAUCGAUGAUUGUAAAAACUCAUUUUGUGAAAGGAAAAAAGGGUCCGUUUUUUUCUCGUUACAGUCCUUCGAUUGUUGCUCCUUUUAUUUUUUCCACUAGUGGCUGAUCUUUUGUUGCUAAGAAACCAAAUCAAUUGGACUAGACUUCCCCGCAGCUCGCAUGCAAGACCCCCUCGCCCCCCUCCCCCACCUCAAGUAUACAGUAUGCAUUCUAGCUUGUACAAUAAGCCUUUUAGGAUCCAUAUAUGCUAUGUUGUACUGUGUAUGCAUGUCUAGUAGUAAAUGAUAGUCUAGUAGUGGCUGUACAAGCAAUGAAGUGAACGCACACCGGCAAGGUGAUCCUCGCUGCAACCGUAGUCUCACGUUUAAAAUAAUAACACAACAAUGUAGUUUCAAAAAAGAAGACUGUAGUCUUGUAACCCCACCUACUACAUUUAACUCUUACAGUAUAUGUACGCCAACGACGCACGCAAGGCCAAUAAUUUCCAGGUUCGGUGGGAAUUCUUGAGGCCACACUGGAAAGCAACAUGUGUGCAAAAUGGUGCUAUAUUACGAGUAAAGGUAAUAUUUUAUGGAGAAAAAAAUCAUUAUUAUGUCUAAAAAUAUGGGGCGGCACGGUGGGGCAAUUGGUUAGAGCGUUGGCCUCACAGUUCUGAGGGCUGGGGUUCAAAUCCCAGUCCCACCUGUGUGGUGUUGGCAUGUUCUCCCCGUGCCCGUGUGGGUUUUCUCUGGGCACUCCGGUUUCCUCCCGCAUCCCAAAAACAUGCAACAUUAAUUGAACACUCUAAAUUGCCCAUAGGUGUGAUUGUGAGUGCAGCUGUUUGUCUCUAUGUGCCCCGUGAUUGGCUGAUGACCAGUUCAGGGUGUACCCCGCCUCCUGCCCGUUGACAGCUGGGAUAGGUGGUUCCAGCACUCAUGUUUUUGGGAUGUGGGAGAAAACCGGA